UACAGACGACCCUUUCCUUUACUCCCAUUGCAAAUUUGAGAAACAACAUUGAACGUUUUCUUUUGAACUAAAUGAGCUGUUUAACCGAAAAGUCCUGACUGGCGACUGCAGUGAGACGCUGAGACCAUUAAAAUAUUAUCAAUUUUGUGCUAAUAUCUUUGGACUGGACGAUCGUAAUAAUUACGAUCGAAAUGCGUAGAUACAGCACACAUGGUUUGUAAUCAGACAGGAUACUUUAACCAAAGGCAUUGAAUUUAUAGAUAGUUAUAAAUUCAAUGCCAAAGGUAACAUGUAUCGAGAAAUCACAGAUGAAUUGAAACAAUCGGCUGAGUGUAAGUUAAAUGAAGUCUCGAGCCGCAUUGAGGACGAUAUUGAGCACAUACGACAAUGGAUGGCCAAGCAACCGCAUUUAAGUUUUGAAAUAGACAACCAGUUGAUAUUGUCGUUUCUCCGCUGCAGUAAAUUCAGCUUACAACAGACGAAAGAAAAAAUUGAUGCUCACUACACUGCAAGAACCAUCAUGCCGGAAAUGUUUAGUAAUAGAGAUCCCUUUCUUCCAGAAAUCCAACACUUGCUGAACGCGGGUGUAAUGUUACCGUUGCCAAACUUGGAUCCGGGCGAUGGUUCCAGAAUCAUUUGUGCUACAUAUGGUCGAAAUCUUGACCCUAAUUUAGUAAACCUAUACAAUGUCUCCAAAUUGGUUUAUAUGGUUUUGGAUAUUUUACUCAUGGAAGACGACAAUAUGAUAAUAAACGGCAUAAAAAUUUUAGUACAAGCCAAAGGUUUUCCUCUUGGGUUUCUUCCUAACGUAACACCGGUGUAUAUGAAAAAGCAUUGGUACGGUAUAGAAAAAGGAUUUCCGUUUCGAAUUCAGGAACUUUGUGUAGCCCACUUACCUGCCCCAUUUGUGUUUGCUUACAACGUACUGAAAAAGUUCGCAUCCGGUAAAAUGAGCCAACGAAUGGUAUUGGUUAGUGAAUCGAAGAUUCCAGAAUUAUGUCAGAAGUCGCCACAUUAUUUUCCAAAAGAAAUGGGUGGUAACAAUGGUUCCGUACAAGAAUUAAUAGUUACUUGGAAGAAAAAAGUAGAGAGCUACAAAGAAUGGUAUUUGCAAGAGGAAACUAAGAAAAGCUACGAGAAUUUACGUAUAGGGAAACCAAAAACCUCGUCUGGAGAGCUUGGAGUGGAAGGCUCGUUUAGACAAUUAGAUAUUGAUUAGAAGACAUUUUAAUGAAUUGCACAUAACGAGAAUUUUAAACAUUUUUGAUCUUUCUUAUAUAGGUACCUACGUUCAAAAAAGAACUGUCACCGUACAAAGCUAGGUACAAAGUGUGCCAUAAAGAGAGCACAAGAGGGUGACACAUUCAUAGCAGGCGGUUGGUUGUGACGAAGCAAUUUGUCUCGUAGUAACAUAGUAUUAAUUUUUUGCAUGUUCAUAAUUCAUCACCGCCCGGUGUGGAGCGACAUUUGGGCUUUAUCUUAACCUACUUGUACCAUAGUGUAAGAAUGAGAAUACACUAUGCUUGUACCAUA